UUUGUGUUAAAAGGGUCAAUGUCGGAUGAAGGGAGGAAAACUUCUGACAUAAACAUGAUCAGCCUAGCAAAGAAGCUACAGAACUUGGAGUUGUUUCUUGAUAGUCAAUAUGACAAAGACGUCGGCUAUGGGCGGGCACUGAUAGAGGCCAUCGUUGACAAUGAUCUCUUUAUAGAGGUAGAAGUCCUAAAAUGUAUUGGAGACCUGCAUCUUCAGAAAGGCAUGCUCAGCCAAGAUUUAGCAGAUUUUGACAAGGCUGCUGCCCUGUAUGCUGCUGCCCUACUGCGCUGUACAGAUCCAGACAUGGGACAAACACUGGAACAUCGCAUCGGCUACAUGGAGAAACUCUCCAGUCAACUGCAGUACACUCCACACUCCCGGUGGUUACCGCCAGACUACGGGGGUACUUUUGACAACAAUGUCCUAAGAGUGGUAAAAACGUGUCACCAAUUGGACAGAAGUGUCAAAAACUCUUGGCGCUCUGUUGAGACUAGGUACACAGAAAUACUCGUGACCGCCAUUGCAGCCGGUGACGUGCUACUGGAACUUGAGGUUCUUAAAUCCCUCGGAGACUUGUUUUUUGAGAGUGGAAAGAAAAUGAAAGAGGUAUCUCAGUUCUUCAAGGCAGCUGCCAUGUACAAGAAAGCCCUGACAAUAUGCGAGGAGCCGGGAACAACACAGACUCUGUCCCAUCGGAUAAGGUACACAGAGAAGGUCAGCGAAGCGGUGAAUAGGCAAUCAUUGCGGAAUAAAUCAAGACCGACAAAAAACAGAUCACAUCAGAGACAGCAGUGUCGGAACAUCACUAAAGCUGAAAUCUCCCAAGACCAUAAUCUCCAUCCAGAUAUACCAAGGUGGGGGAAAACCUUACUGACUUUUGUUGUCCAAGCAGAGGUUGGGUCGGUGUGGCGGUGGUUGUGUUAUAGUAGUGGCUGGGAUUUCUGAAGGCUAAUCAGUUGUUUCAGUUGCCAUCUUUUAUAUGGCUAUAAAAACAAGCAAUAUUGUUACUGUGCAGCGUAUACAGACAUUUCUCGCUACUUUGUUCUGCAUUAGGGUGUAAGUUGAAUCUUGAAACCCUCAGUCCUUGAAGUGUGUUUUUGUUGCAGGUCUGUUCUUCCCAUCUCACUCUAGGGCGGCCUCUUGUGCGUUUCCAAGUUGGAUCAUAUGUUAUCAGUUUGCGUCCUGGGUGGGAGUAGCUCUGGACCCGCGACCUCAGAAAGUCAACCGUUGUUUGGCAAUUAGAUACAUGUACUAGAUGAUUUGUUUUAUAUGCAUCACGACCUUUCACCACGAAAUAGUUUAGGUAAUAAGUUGAUAACGUCAAUCUUUCCUUUCAUUUCAAUUGAAGACAGUACAAAGACCACAUUAAGGAAGGCGAAUCAUCCUUUGCCAGGGCAGACCUGGACUCAGCAGAGAAGCACUUUGCAGCUGCACUCAAGGUGGUGCAUG